CGGCGCCUCCGAGCCCUCGUAGAGCGCCAUGUACGGGUGGCUGCUGGAGAGUGUGCAGCACUUCAUCGUGCAAGAGUGCGGAGAGGAGAUAUGGGAGACCAUCCUACGGGAAUCCGGCGCGAGGAACACGGUGUUCAGCGCUACUCAGCAAUACCCAGAUGCUCUGAUGCUGCGUCUUGCCAGCGCCCUGGCUCGGCUGGUAAGUGAGGAACCGACCUGCGCCACGCCCGGCAGUCCCGCGCCCCGCAAACCCUCCCUCAAGUCCAAGCCCAGCUGGCGCAGCGUCUCCCUCCACAACGACACCAGAAACCCAAGCUUCAAGUGCCCCUUCACAGCCACCAACGCUCUCACUGCGGCCACCAAAAAAGAAAUAGAAGCAUACAACUCUCAAGAAGAAAUCAGAACUCACACAUCAGCGGACAAAAUUUUUAUAAAAGAGGAACUUACUAAUUUGAAAGACGUUACUAACAGUUGCCAGGAAAUCGUUAAGUAUAAUAGGAGGAGCUUAGGUUUCAAACUUGAGGACAACAAGACUUUUCCAUGUGUCCCUUCAACGUCGUCGGAAAUGACCACUAAAACUAGUCCUGAAGAUAAAGAACAAUCUGGUGACUCAUUACCGACCUCUCCAGUAUCUGACAGUGGAAAGAAGACCAAACCCAUUCGGAAGAACAGUGUUACUCUGGCUAUGGAUGGGUACCGGCGUCGAGGCAGCGUGGCGAAACCCAGUGCGAGGAUGAACCUAGGCCUUAUCCCCGAGGAUCAGCUACCCGGCAUGAAGGAGAAGUUUGGAACUCCCGAGAAAGUUAUGCAUUUUUUUGGGAGGUGCUUCGUGAAGUUCUUCAGUAAAUAUGAGUACGACCAGAUGAUCCGUGCGACGGGGCGCUACUUCUGCACGUUCCUGCAAUCGGUGGACAACAUCCACCAGCGCAUGCAGUUCACGUUCCCGCGCAUGCGCUCGCCCAGCAUGCAGCUGACGCGCGCGCAUCGCCACGGCGCGGAGCUCGUCUACAGCAGCACGCGCACCGGCUUCACACACUACCUGAUGGGUCAGCUGUAUGAGAUAGCCGAGGACAUUUUCUCGUUGAAGCUGAAGGUUUCCAUCGUGAAGGAGAACAUGGAGGGAAGUUACUACGUGGCGGUGCUGCGGCUCGAGUUCGACAACAGUGACUAUGUGCAGUCACUGAUGGUCCGCAAGUCGCUGCCAUGCCCGUUGCCGCCCGUGCCCGUGGCCCUGCUUCUGCAACUGUUUCCGUUCGGGGUACUACUGGAUAGAAAGAUGAAAAUUAUGAAAGCAGGCGAGAAGCUCGUUGAAGCUUGGGGUGGCCCAUACAAUAGUAUGGUCAAAUCACCCACUUCAGAGAUACUACGUCUGAGAAAGCCAAAAGUUUCAUUCACUUGGGACAAGGUAGUGUGCAUGCAAACCGUGAUAUUCGAGUUGGAGCUGAUGCGGUGGCGAGGCAAGUGCCCCGCAGACGCGCGUCGUGGUUCACAGGGCGCGAAGGCUAUCCUACUCAAGGGGCCGAUUUACUUCCUCGAGGAGAUCGAUGCGCUCAUCUUCUUGUGUUGCCCAAUAUUUAAUGGCCUCGACGAAUUGAAACAGGCAGACUUGUAUCUAGCCGAUAUGAACGGCCACGGGCUCUCCAAAGAGAUGAUUCUUCACGGCUGGCAGCACCUGUCCAAGCUGGAGCUCCUGUUCGAGAGGGCGGAGAGCCGGAGUCUCUCGCUGGAGAAAUCGUGUCGCUUGCUGGACCAGUGGAAGAAACGAAGCGACCAGCUACUCUACUCUAUGAUACCGAAAGCUAUCGUUGACCAUUUGAGAGCGGGAAAAGACGCAAUGUCUGCUUGUCAGGCGUUCGACGUGACAAUAAUGUUCUGCGGCGUGCAGCUGGCGGAGGCGGGCACGCGCGCCGAUGUGAUGCACACGGUGGCGUACAUGAACGAGGUGUACUCGCGCAUCGACCGCCUGCUGGACGCGCAUCGCGUCUACAAGGUGGAGACGGUAGGCACGGUAUACAUGCUGGUAGCGGGCGCGCCGGAGCGGCGCCGCGCGCACGCCGCCGCCGCCGCCAGCGCCGCGCUCGCCAUAGCACGCUCGCUGCCUCGCCUUACCAUCGGCGUUCACUCGGGCCCUUGCGUAGCAGGCGUGCUGGGCCUGAAGUUACCGCGGUACUGUCUAGUGGGCGACUCCGUGAACACCGCUAGUCGCAUGCAGACUACGUCAGAGCCGGGUCGAAUCCAAAUAUCGGCGGCUACGGCAGCGCAGCUCCCCGCCGGCCGUUUCCGACUACGGCGCCGUGGACUAAUCAAAGUUAAGGGCAAAGGCAUGAUGGAGACGUUCUGGCUGGAGGGCGAGGUCGAGGAGGAUGAGGCGCACGAGGCGCUGCAGCUCUUCUCUGCCCUCUGCGGGGAAGCCUGAGGCCUUCGGCGCUAACGGAAACUUCUAAAGGUCCUAAACCCUUAUGUGAAUAUGAAACACGUACCUAGGUAGAGCCAAACCAAAAUUACUUUGACCUAAGAUUCUGGUGCAUAUUUGGAACAAAAAAGUUAUAAACGCGUACCUAUUUACUUACAUAUAAAAGGUAAAAAAAAACUCGGCGUCAAACGCAGCUCGAUGUCAUUGUCAUUUAUCAAUUUUUAGGUAUUACCCUAGCAGCGCGACCUAAAGCGCUGUUUACAUUUAAAAAAAUCUUACCGAAGUAAAACGCAUCAGUGAUACGAGGUAAGAGGAAUCCGGGUUAUGGUCACCACCUUGUAUAAUACCGUAAAACUGUACAACUUUGCCCGCUUUUGCAGUCUUUUACCUUUUUUUUUUCAAGUUUGUUGGUCCAUAUUGCAUUACUUAUUUGUGGCAAUAACAUAUUGACAUACUCUUCUUUGUGUGAGUGAGCAAACCAUAGUCGAAAUAAAUUUCUGUACUGUAGAAAAUGAGUCUUAAACAGGCGGACCAAAAAAACGAAAAUUUUUCAAGAUUGCCCACUUUUACUUACAGUCUCUUAACUCCACGAUUAUCAACUUAAUGGUCAUGACUCAAAGUCUAUAAUCCAGAAUAAACAUGGCAUAGUUUUGUCGUAUAGGUAUUAAGUCACCAAGUUCAGUAAUUCCCCUCCAAACUUAUGUGGGCAAAGUCAUAAAAAAAAUUGCGAUUCUUCAUACAAAAUCCUAAAUAUGCUAGGGUUGUCAAUUUUCACUUUUACCCAAAUCAUAAAGAAACAAUCAAAAAUCAACAUUAUUUUUUUUAACUGCAAAGGAAGUAUACAAUAAUAUAAAAAUUAACAAAAAUAUUAAUUAUUCAAAAGCACUGCCACUUUUACUAAGCAUUAAAAGUAGGUAACUACAGACAACAUAAGAAGAAACUUUUUUAAACUGCAAAGGAAUUAUAAAUUAAUAUAAAUAAAGCGGCUGUUGCUUAUAUUUCCUCUUAAAAUUAGCAAAAUAACUUUAAACAACGUUGCAUGGUAAAUGCCUCCUCGCAAAUCAAUAAUAUCAUACCUACUAGUGACAACCCUAACGGUUAAAAUGUGCUGGGCAAUGUUGUGAAAUACGAUCACGAGAUUGCCCACGAUCAUAAUUACAAAAGUACUAAUGCAUAUAACGUGUUGAAAUUUCGUCUACAUCGUUUCUAAGCUGCAUAUACAGUUAAAACUACUACAUCCCUGUAGGACUCUCCUGGACCGAUAUCCCACCGAAGUUUUUUUAACUUUUUUUGCCCGCCAAAAAACACGUCCUCACUUGGAGCCGACUCACGCGUGACUGAAGUUAGGCACACGUCAACUAAAAGGCCAGUGUUGACAGCAAUAUGAUUAGCUUUAACCACAGGUUGAAAAGGGAGGUGUAUCUGUUAAUAGUUUUAUGAUAUUUCGCUUCUAUUGAAAUGUGAUGCGGCGGGCAAAGCUAUGUUGAAAAGGCAAAGUUGUAACUUUCUACGGUAUCUAAAAUAAUAAUAAUAUAAUAUCAUAUAAUAUGUAGGUAGAGAUUCGAGAGUAUACAAGAGAUAACCUAUUACUGUAAGAUGUAGUUGUAGUGUUAAGAGUAAUGUAAGCGUGUAAUAUAUCCAUUCGAGUAUUGCUCUCUUUGUCACUAAUAGGCCAUAAAUAAUAAUAAAUAAAAAAUUGUCACUAAUUAUGGUACUUAAUCAAAUAAGUACUGAGAUUAUUUAGGUGAUAAACUGAAAUAAAUGUCAUAUACUAAGAAAAAAUGACCAAGGCCUCCAGUGCCCCAGGCUAGAAUCGAACC